UUCAUGUAGUUUAAAGUGACUAAUUUCAACGGGUAUUUAAGCAGUGAAACAACAGUCCUUGCUGGUAGAAAUCAAAUGACAAAUGUGUACACAGUGACUUUUAGUAUAUUUAUUAAAUUGUGAACCAUGAUUGGAUGAGAUGAUUAAUUAAUAUUGUACAGUGGACUACUACAAGAUAAAACAAGAAUAAUGGGAGCCACAGACUCUCGACCAAACAUGAGGAUUGCACUUCUUGGGAAAACAGGAGAUGGAAAAAGCAGCGCUGGGAAUACCAUUCUUAAACAGAAACUAUUCACGAGUAAAGCUUCACCUGAAUCUGUGACAUAUGAAUGUAUAAGUGGAGACCGUAAUGUUUAUGGGAAAAAGAUCACAGUUAUUGACACACCUGGAUUUAUGGACACAAGUAUUGAAGAGGAGACUCUCAAAAAGGAGAUUAUUAGAUCUGUUAUUGAAUGCGCUCCAGGUCCUGAUGUCUUUGCCAUUGUUUUAAAGGUUGGAAGGUACACAGAGCAUGAAAUGGAGAUUGUGGAUACAAUUUUAGAAUGUUGUGGAGAGCAUACAUUUAAACAUUCAUUGGUUUUAUUCACUCACGGUGAACAACUUGAGGGUCAAACUAUAGAGGAAUUUGUGAAGAGGAGUUCAAAAUUACAGGAGCUUGUUGAUAAAUGUGGAGGUCGCUGCCAUGUCAUUGACAAUAAAUACUGGAACAAAUGCAACAUGGGAUACAAAAGCAACAAGGUCCAGGUGAAAAAUCUUCUGUUAACCGUAGAGCAGAAUUUAAAAGACAAUAAGAACAGCUGCUACACCAAUGAGCUAUUACAAAUAGUAGAGGAAAAAAUUCAAGAGGAGAUAAAGGACAUCAAAGAGGAAAACAUGUCUCCAGAAGAAAAACGAGAAGUAGCGAAGAAGAUUGUUAACAAAAAACUUCGCAUUAAACUUGCAGGAGUGACAACGGGGAUACUGACUGGUGCAUUCCUUGGCAUUGGUGUUGCAGUAACAUUCAUUGUGGCUUUACUUAAAGCAGGCAGCAUUACAGAAGCAGCAGCAGCAGGAACAGCAGUGGCAGAGGCAGGUCUCAUCACAGGAGCUGGUAUUGGAGCAGCAUGUCUCAUCACAGGAGCUGGUAUUGGAGCAGCAGGUCUCACAGGAGCCGGUAUUGGAGCAGCAAGUUCAGGAAUUGCUGCAGGUGUCAUUUUGGGAGCUGCAGCUUUUGCGGGAGCAAUUGGAGGAGGAGUCACUGGAUAUAAAGCAGCCGAAGACGUUGAUUCCGUUUCAGAUGCAAUAAAGAAUGCAGCAAAACUUAACUUUGAAAAUGCAAAAGGCGUUGUCAAAAAGGCAGAGGAAAACAAAUUCAAACUUUUUGAAUAA